UAUAGGAAUUUAGUUUAACUAUAAAGUAGUAUUGCUAAUUUUAUUCUAGUUCUAAAACUGAAUUGUGAAAAUUGGAUUAUUUAAUAUCACGAUGACUACUAAAUCUUUACCUUGGGAUCCAAAAACAUGUCAUAUGGCUGCUUUAGUGUUAGCGCGGGGCGGUAGUAAAGGAUUACCCUUGAAAAAUAUUCGGCCUUGUGCUGGUUUACCAUUAAUUGGUUGGGUUUUACGAGCUAUUGGCGACAGCGAAGUGUUUGAUAGCAUCUGGGUAUCAACUGAUCACGAAGAUAUCGCUAAAGUGUCGGAACAAUUCGGCGCAAAAGUGCAUUGGAGAUCAGAUGAGGUAUCCCAGGAUACAACCUCAUCUGUUGAAACAUCGAGGGAGUUUUUAAACCAUCAUCCCGAAGUAGAAUUCGUAUGCAUGAUACAAUGUACAUCGCCUGCCCUUCAUCCAUUUCAUCUUCGCGAUCUCGGCGAUCUUGUUAGAAACCGUGGAUAUGAAUCUGUGUUUUCUGUGGUUCGAAAACGGCACUUUCGCUGGAAAGAAGUCGAUUCCAAUUCAGAAGAACGAACAGUACCGUUAAACAUCGAUCCAACGAAGAGACCCCGUCGUCAAGAAUGGAAAGGAGAGUUAUUUGAAAAUGGCUCAUUUUAUUCCGCACGGCGUCAUCUUGUUUUUGAAAGUAGCUUCCAGGCUGGAAAUUUAACAUACUAUGAAAUGUCGCAAGAGCACAGUAUCGAUAUCGAUACAGAAUUUGAUCUACAGAUGGCUGAAAUUAUUUUGCAAAAAUAUGGAUACAAAGGCAAAGAAGCAGAAAAAAGCAAUUAACUGGGGCGGAACCAAUUAUAAGUAUGGCAAUUUGAAUGCCAGAAUGUUCAGGGGAAAAAGUAAAUAUAUGGUAAUUGCGUUGGAAUCUCAAUUCAGUUUGAAAAUUUAAUUAUAUUAGAAUGUUUUGCCUAUGUGUUGACGAUAUUAUUCGUUUAGUAAAUGUCUGUAAGCUGCUACUAAUAUAAUUCUUUAUAAUUUUCAGUCCUUUUGCUAUUUUUUUUUUUUUAUGCAUUGUAAUAUUUAUUUUCAAAAAUCAAAUUAGUGUAUAACAAACUUUUAGUGUCUACAAAUCCUUAUGGCAUAAACCUAGAUCAUUCGACAUUGGGAUAUAAAAAAAAUCAAUGUUCACAUCAACUUGUAUUGUAUUUUAACGUCGUAUGUCUUUCUCACCGUAUAAAUUGGAUUCUGUUGCUUAUCACGGGGCCGACGGGGGUGUGCAACCUUUCAUAAAGAAGAGCCAGAUAGAAAAAAAACUGGUUGAAACAGCGGGCCGCACCUUUAUUUAACAUCGGUUUCCUAGGAGUUGCAGCACAAAAUUUUUGCACAAGCUAGCUGUUAGGGUACUUUAAAGUCAUAGGCAUAGAUAGAUAAUACAUUGGACUCAGAUAUAGGAAUUAGAAUUACUAAAUUAAAAACUCUUUUCGCGGGCCGCACAUCACUCAAAAUUGGCGCUUCUCCGCGGGCCGCACGAUUUUGCCUUGAGAGCCUCAUUUGGCCCACGGGCCGCAGGUUGCACAUCCCUGCUUCAUCAUAUAACUUUGAUGAAUUUUUAAUUUUACCAAGAUGAUUGUUGUUAAUAUUAUAAUGAACAUUAUGGUGUGUCACUUCUCUUUAUUUUGUGAAAUAUUGUACAGAAAUUUCACAAAUUCUAUUGUUUUUUUUCAGAAAGUCAAUAUUUUUCGAGAAAUUGCCCUUUUCUAAAAUCUAUAAAAUUCUUUUUCUUCGUUUCUGCAAUGAUAAAUUAUCUUCCGAUUUAGAUGUUUAAAUAUUUUCACAGCACACUACCUCAUGAAGUAUUAAGUUUUUAGUCAGCGGGAAAAAGGAUAUUCAGUCAUUAUUUAUUCUUGAUUUCUUGCAUGUUUGGAAGCUGCAUUUUAAUGA